AUGGGUGACGGUUCUGAUUACCCUAGUCCACGAAGCGAAGGUCCCGGCGGACCUACAUCUGUUCUCGUCGCAGCUCAAGAAUCUCUCUCUCCCGCUCCUAAGAUGACCGAUCAACUCUCCCCCAACUUCAUGGAAGGGGCUCGUCCGCGACUGUCGGUGAGACGCGCGCGCGAUCCGCCCAAGAACGCUGCCGGCCAAAUCUAUUGCGACCACCACGAGUGCCAUCAGGCCCCUCCCACGUUUCGUCGUCCCUGUGAAUGGAAGUGA